AUGGAGCUGGUGCAGAAAGAGCACGACCGGCUUUCCAAGAAGAUCAAGGCCGGUCAAGGUAUCAAGAAUGUGCAGUCCACCAUAGAUUUGCUUCAGUCGGCACGAGAUGCAAUUGCUGCAGAUCCCAGUCAAGCAUCCAUUACACUGGCUAAGCUCCAGAAUCCCGUCAAAUCGUCUUUCGAUUCCAUCAAUGAUAGUCUUAAGGAAACACACAGUGGUCUCAACAAAUACUCCAAGUCGUUAGAUAAGUUAUUCAAAGACCGGCCUUUGCCGAGCACCGAACAUGAUGUCCUUUCCUCCCAAGAACAUCUUAUCAACAGAGCUAUCGCUAUGCACCUUCUCCGAGAAGGACAGUUUUCCGUUGCAUCAGAGUUCCUGAACGAAAUGGCACAAAAGAAAGCGAUCAAGAAGCAACAAGAAGGAGAUAUUGGGGCUAUAGACGAUGCGGCCUCGCUCUUAGAUCUCGACGAAGUUCCGCCGGGCGAAGUACGGCAACAGUUCCACACUAUGUACCAUAUUCUUCAUGAGCUGAAGGAAAACAAUAACCUGCUGCCGGCAAUACAGUGGUCCAGGGAGAACAAGGAGGCUUUGGAGGCGAGGGGUAGUAACCUUGAGUUUGAAUUGUGCAGGCUGCAAUUCGUCUGGCUUUUCUACGGCGGACAACAUCAGCAAGGUCCCAGUCCGGGUGGGCGGCAGGCAGCUUUGGAAUAUGGCAGGCGUGAAUUCCACACAUUCUUGCCCAGGUAUCUACGCGAGGUCCAGCAGCUCAUGGGUGCAAUGGCCUUUUGCCCCAAUCUGCGAGACUCCCCGUACAACCAUAUCUUCAACAACCCGUCGGCAUGGUCCGAUGUGGCACACUCAUUCACGCGAGAGUUUUGCUCGCUACUCGGAUUGUCGGCAGAUUCGCCCCUAUAUGUUGCUGCUACUGCUGGUGCCAUUGCGCUGCCGACGCUGUUGAAGUUACAGACUAUCAUGAAAGCCAAACGAACCGAGUGGACCACGGAGAACGAGCUCCCGGUCGAGAUCCCGCUACCCCCGUCGUAUCUCUUCCAUUCUAUCUUUGUAUGUCCCGUGUCAAAGGAGCAAACUACGGAUGAGAAUCCCCCCAUGAUGAUGCCCUGUGGGCAUGUUAUCGCGGAGGAGUCACUCAAACGGUUGUGCAAGGGUAGCCGGUUCAAGUGCCCUUACUGCCCGAGUGAGAGUCACCCUCGGGAGGCGAGAAAGGUAUUCCUCUAG